AGAUAUGGCUAUGGAGGAUGGAUCCAGCUGGAGCAACACUGUAAGGUCUUUUCCAUCUCCUCUAAACUGUUUGAUGCCUAGUAUGUAAUAGCCAACGGAGGACUCAUAUUCAUACUCUGCAGGAAUAUAUGGCUACAUUCUUCCCUCCUGGCACUUUGGACAAUCAAUUCCCAAAAGGGGGAAGCCAAAAUGAUGAAAGAUGGAAACAUUUUCAGAGUUAUCCAGGAGAACUGUUGGGAUCCAGAGGUUCGGAUUAAAGAGAUGGAUCAAUCAGGAGUCACUGCCCAGGUCCUUUCUACAGUUCCCGUCAUGUUUAGCUAUUGGGCAAAACCACAUGAUACUCUAGACCUGUGCCAGUUAUUAAACAAUGACUUAGCCACUACAGUCAAGAAGUACCCAAAGAGAUUCGUUGGCCUUGGUACACUCCCCAUGCAAGCUCCAGACCUGGCGGUGAAGGAAAUACAUCGCUGUGUGAAUGAGCUUGGAUUUCCUGGUGUGCAGAUAGGAUCGCAUAUCAAUGACUGGGACCUGAAUGCCCCAGAACUCUUUCCAGUCUAUGCUGCUGCUGAACAAUUAAACUGCUGUCUGUUCGUGCAUCCCUGGGACAUGCAGACAAAUGGAAGGAUGUCUAAGUAUUGGCUUCCCUGGCUUGUAGGCAUGCCCUCAGAAACAACCAUCGCUAUUUGCUCCAUGAUUAUGGGAGGGUUUUUUGAAAUUUUCCCCAAGUUGAGAGUUUGCUUUGCCCAUGGAGGUGGUUCUUUUCCUUACACACUGGGGCGUAUUUCUCAUGGAUUCAAUGUGCGACCGGACCUGUGUGCAGUUGAUAAUGACACUGAUCCAAAGAAAUACCUUGGUUCAUUCUACACGGAUUCACUUGUCCAUGAUGCACGUGCACUGAAGCUACUGACAGAUAUAGUAGGAAAGGACAAGGUGAUGUUGGGAACAGAUUAUCCAUUUCCACUUGGGGAACAUGAACCUGGGAAACUGAUUGAAUCCAUGGAGGAAUUUGAUGAUGAACUAAAGGAUAAGCUCAAGUUUGACAAUGCUCUUGCAUUUUUGAAUCUUAACAGAAGGCAGUUUGAAUAACAUUAGAACGACUAGAAAUAUUUAUCAACACUGUUAGGUGAUGUAUAAUCACACAGCUACAUCAUUAUGUAUGAAUUCCCAUAUCAGUUCCAAAUAAAAUCUAUGUAUAAAAUGUAUUGGUUUUCAUCAAAGUGAGUCCAUCUUAAUAAACUUAUGUAUUCAAGCUUUUAUACUGGCUGCACAGAGAUAUUUCACCUCUUCCAUGCUAUAGAUGGUCUGAUUCCAUAUGCUUAAUGCUAAUAGAACAACUAUGGCCCUUCUUCACACAUAGUUGAAAGCUAAUGUUAAUUCUUGAAAUACAGGAUAUGGUCUUUUCCAUGGGAUGCUUGUGCUGAGUCUCUGCCAUGAGGUUCACACGGCAGAGACUCCAUCCAUGUUCAUGCACACAAGGCAGGGCAGCUGAAUACAUUUCUCUAAUCCAAUUCUGAAGUAAGGGGAAUCAUGGAGCCUUCCUGAAUUUUCAACAUGUUACCACUUAAUCAGUUAAGUUAAAUAUUAUGCCCCUCCUCCACUUGUUUAAGCAUUACAAUGUGACACAAAGAUCUGCAUAUAUA